AUGGAAAUUGAACGGCAACGAGAAGAGCAACGACGUCGAGACUAUGAACGGCGAAUAGAGGCUGAGCGGCGACAGGAGGCUGAGCGACGGCAAGAGGCCGAGCGACGACAGGAGGCCGAACGACGACAGGAUGCCGAGCGACGAUUGGAGGCCGAGCGGCGAAUGGACGCCGAGCGACGGCGAAUCGAAGAAGGACGGCGUGUUAGCAUGAUGCCAACCAGAAAUCCCGUUGAAGACCAGCGGAUUGAGGAACUACGACGUCGAGAUGAAGAACUUCGCAGAAUUGCCGCCAGAAGACGUGAGGAGGAACGACGUCGAGAGCAAGAGCAGCGUGUUCGACAGGAGCAACUACGUCGUCAGUACGGUCCUCAAGAUGAGAACCACAUUCGUGAUGCGGAACAACGACGUCGAGCUGAAGCCGAACAAAGAAGGAUGGCAGCGAUGAAGGAGCAGGAGCAGCGAAUGGGCACGACGCUUGGGGGAAUGGAGGUAGAUACGACGACAAUCGGACAAGAUGACGAUUUUGUACCGCCAGACACAGGCGACUGGGAGUACAAGAGCGAAGAGGCCGAGGACAAAGUACAGGACUACCUGCCCGAGGGCCAAGAAGUAGAAGAGAUGGAAGAAACUGUGACAGAAAAGCAUGGCACCAUGGAUGAUCGAACAUGA